CUCCCACUACCUCCUCUGCUUAAGUAACAUCGCCGUCGGAACCCGCAUUCUUUAUAUUCAUGUCGUGUUCAUAUUAUUAAUUUCAGUAUUUAUAAUAAUAUCAUAACGCUUAUACAGCAAAGCAAAACAAAACAGUGUUUUUUGGAACCUAGCACAACACACUUCUUUCUGACAAAAAAAAAACUUGUCUCUGUUCAUUCUUUCAUUAUAUUGGUUGAAUACUCGUUCCUUCACUCGGAUUAAACUCAGGGUUAACAGGUGAUUAGAGUGCUUUUGCCCUUUUCUCUUGAGCUGAGUUGCUGGUUGGACUGGUUUGUUUACACUAAGUUGAUAUGCUCCAAAAUUCUGUGCAAAUCAAACUAAUCCAGUCCAUAAGAAUUCUUCUCAUCAAUCUGGUUUGGGGUUCAUCUCCUUGCUGCUUUGAGGAUUUCUUGUGAGUUACGAAUCCGAAUAGUUGGAGCCUUAUAUAGCACGGAAUCAUCCACAUCGAGUCAGAAAAUGGUGAUCAGUCAUGUCUGUUGCUAGGCACCGUAUCUAAUUGGAGAAUGAAGAUGGAGAAAGCCUUUGUUACCGGCCGGAAAGAUAAUGGGGAGAAUGGGGAUUCGUCUCUACACAGGGAUAUCUUGGGAGAUAAUGGAAUGGACUAUUCCGAAUUGAAGUUGAAGAAGCUGGUGAGAAAGGUAAAUCCAUGGCAUGCUUUGAUCUUGAGUGUUAAAAGAUUACAAGAUGGAAAAAGUCUUAUAAAGGAGUCAUUCCAACGGAGUAUUUCCGGCAUAAGUAGUAAGAUUCCAAGGCAUGUCGUCACUCUAGACGAGAAAUAUCUUCGCUGUUGCCUGGAUUUGAUUCAUAUCAAUGCUGCGAAAGCAGCUCAUUGCAACAUCUCUGUGAACUUGAGCUCUCUAAACACAGGUAUUUUAGCCGAUGGACUGGAUUCAACUAAAAUCCCGGAUGAAGGUGCCUGCGAUUUUGGUAGAUUUGUUUUCGACUGUCCACUCGAGGUUGAGACCGGUAGUGUCGUCAUUGGUCCGGUGGAUCCGUGGGUAGUAGGUUCUAUAAUGGGCAGCAAGAGUAUGGCAAAUAUAUUGCAGAGCCCAUUGUUAAAGAAAUUUGGUGUAUUGGAUGUUGAUCCGAGUUUGAAUGAUGUUAAGGGAUCGACGAUAAGUUACGAUUUCACAAGCUCUCCUGGUGGUUUCAUGAAUUAUUCCUCGAAUAAGCUCGGAAGUGAAGCACGGGUAUCAAAUACUUGUAAAUAUGGAUCUGAAACUGUGCAGAAAAGGCUUGUUUCGUUGUCAAGUUCGAACUCGACAUGCUCUGAUCAGUCCUUUUCUUGUACUUCUUCAAAAGUUUUGCAGGGAAUGCUUCACUGCACAUGGAAGGGUGGGAUUCCGUAUUUUGUUUUCUCCCUGGAUAAUCAGAGAGAGGUAUAUGUAGCCAAUUUGUUGAAGGAAGGGUCAGCUCGGAAUAAAGGUCUGGGCUAUACGUACUUGUUCCGUUCCAGCAAGGGUAGUCGUAUGGAAGAUGGGAUUACUGAGAACGAGCUACAUCUUGUUGGCAAGAUGAAGGUAUCUACUUCGUUCUCCAUCGUCCCCCGAGAUUCUAACAUCAUGGAGACAGAGUUUGUUUUGUUCGGUGGCAACGGAACUUUUAGUCCGGAUCUGCAAACUUUGAGCCAUAACCACAGGAAGAAUAAGGGUCUAACGAGUAAGGUGUCGCAAGUAUUCAAGAGUGGUCCUUUGUCCAAGCAGAGAACAAUGUCUAGAUUUCGACGAUCAGUCUCCUUGAUCGAAGGCUCUUCUUUCGAUCCAUGCCAUGAUACGAUCAACAAUUCUGAUGCACUAGAUGGCACAGAUCUUUUAGAGGAACAACUUCCUUCGAAUUCUGAAUUGAUUGCUAUCGUCUCAAGGGACCAUUUCCCCAAAAAUACUCAUUCAGAAGUCGGAGGUUGGGGCUUAAACUUUCUUGGGAAAACAGGGGUUAAGCAAAAGGUUGACCCUUCAGAAACCCCGGUUCGUUCUGCUUGUUCUCGCGAUACUGGUGAUUGCUCAAGAAGUAUGAACAUUCUAGUUCCAGCAGGUAUUCAUGGUGGUCCAAGAACCCGAAACGGCGGCCCCUCAAGCCUUAUUGAAAGAUGGAGGUCCGGUGGACAUUGCGACUGUGGUGGCUGGGACUUGGGAUGUCCGCUGACUGUACUUAAAGCCAGAUCAAGUAAAGGAGGAGGCUCGUCUCCAAGUGAAGCAUCCGUGGCCUGCAAGUUAUUUGAUUUUUUCAUUCAGGGUUCCGAACACGGUUCGCCGACAUUGACCAUAUCAAAUGUUCAUGAUGGGCUGUAUUUCAUUCAUUUUCAACCCACACUCUCAGCUCUACAGUCCUUCUCGGCUGCAGUGGCAUACAUCCAUACCCAAAGCCCCACUCUCCGACCGAAAAAUGUACAGCAGUCGAGGUAGCACAAUCUAGAAUUGAAGUUCGUGUAGUCGUAACCGAGCCCUUACUGAAUCACAGCCGUGUGCAGAUCGUAAUUUAGGUGUUCUAUACUAGAACUCGAGAUUGUUAAGUUUUCAUGUUUUGUUGCAGCUAGUUUGACUGUUCUUUAAGAUUGUUAUGUUUUCUAGGCUUUGAUUUACCCUUGAUUCCUCCUCAUGAACAAA